UGGUUGCCACGGCAACGGUGAGAGCCGGCGACCUGGGUUCCGGAAGCCGGAGAGCUAGAGCCUGGAAGCUCCCACUGGUCAAAGGAUGCUGAGUCCGGAGCGCCUAGCCCUACCGGACUACGAGUAUCUGGCCCAGCGACAUGUCCUCACAUACAUGGAGGAUGCAGUGUGUCAGCUGCUAGAGAAUAAGGAAGAUAUUAGCCAAUAUGGCAUUGCCAGGUUCUUCACUGAAUAUUUUAACAGUGUAUGUCAGGGAACUCACAUUCUCUUUCGGGAAUUCAGCUUCAUCCAAGCCACCCCUCACAAUAGGGCAUCAUUCUUACGGGCCUUCUGGAGAUGCUUCCGAACUGUGGGCAAAAAUGGCGAUUUGCUGACCAUGAGAGAAUAUCACUGUCUGCUGCAAUUGCUGUGCCCGGAUUUCCCGCUGGAGCUUACUCAGAAAGCAGCCAGGAUUGUGCUCAUGGAUGACGCCAUGGAUUGCUUGAUGUCUUUUUCAGAUUUCCUUUUCGCCUUCCAGAUCCAAUUUUACUACUCAGAAUUCCUGGAGAGUGUGGCUGCCAUCUAUCAGGACCUGCUGGUGGGCAAGAAUCCCAAUACGGUGAUCGUGCCGACGUCCUCCAGUGGUCAGCACCGCCAGCGGCCUGCGUUGGGUGAGGCUAGCACGCUGGAGGGCGUGGAGGCGUCCCUGUUCUACCAGUGUCUGGAGAACUUGUGUGACCGGCACAAAUACAGCUGUCCACCCCCCGCACUUGUCAAAGAGGUAUUAAGCAACGUUCAGAGACUGACCUUCUACGGAUUCCUUGUGGCUCUUUCAAAGCAUCAUGGGAUCAACCAAGCCCUAGGAGCUUUGCCUGACAAAGGGGACCUGAUGCACGACCCAGCCAUGGAUGAGGAGCUGGAACGGCUGCUGGCCCAGGUCCCAGGCCUGGUCAACUUGGCCACUGCCAAUCCAGAGGCUGGCUGCCUGCCUUCCCGGACCCCUCCCCGGGUUGGCUCUCCCUGGAGACCCCUCCAUCACGCCCGCAAGGUGGACGCAGAGAGCGAUGGUUCCACUGAAGAGACGGAUGAGUCCGAGACUUGAGGAGUCUAAAGGGUCCUGUCCACAACUCCCUCGUGCCCAGCUCCCCCCCCCACCCCCGCCCUUUGGGACUCCCGCCAAGCCCCCUCUCCAACUCCUGCGCCCUGCUGCCCUCUGCUGGUGACAAGCCUUGAAUAACAGCCCAAGCCCAAAGACCGGCCAGAGGGGUCUGGUAUCUGUCAGCCAAGUCUAGCAGUGACCCGGACAAGUAACAGCCUACUCUUCUUGGCCCUGUCUGCCUCUGCACUUUAGUCAGGACCCAAGCUGACAGCAGACUGAGCAGAGGCCGUGAGGAAGAUGAUGUUUGCUGACAGUCCCCAUAUAGGGUCUCCCCUCCCCUCACAGCACCUCUAGGGAGACCAUGAAUAACAGUGCAGGGCUUUGCAUGGUCAGGGGUGACACCUGUGGCACACAUACAGGGUGGCCAUAAACACAGUGGCCUUCUCCUGGAGGGAGAGCCACUACUGUGACAGGACAAAGGGUAGGCAAGACCAGUCCACUUUCAAAACCUGCUCCAAGUCUCCUCUGUCUGUGUCUAAUGGUUCAAUGUUAAAUGAAUAAAGUCCCUUGCAUCUGGUAA